AUGGAUUAUGCACAAGUCCCUUCCUUCUACCAGAUGGUCCCAAAUGACACCCAACAGUACACGGGAAUUCUCCUGUUGCUACUUCAUUUCAAUUGGACUUGGAUUGGAUUCUUUGCUGCCGUAGGUGUGAAUUUGGAAUGGUUCGUACAAAAUAUGCUUCCAGUCUUUUCCCAGCAGGGAAUCUGCUUUGCUUUCAUCAAAUCAUUUUCCAAUUUAGGUUAUGAUUUUGCCAAUGGAGACCUCAUGAAAUGGUGGGUCAAACUUUAUACUAAAAUCGUGCACAGCAAUGCCAAUGUAUUAAUUUUCAAUGGAGAUAACCGUUACAUGAUAAUAUUGAGAAAACUCGUCACUCUACUAGAAAUUAAAGACACAGAUCAAAAGCCGAAAGGUCACGUGUGGAUUUUUACAGCCCCGAUAGAGUUAAAAUUCUUUGCUAAUCAAAGAGGCUGGGAUAUGCAAACCUUCCAUGGUGCCAUUUCAGUUGCAACACAUUCCAAUGAACUUCUUGGAUUCCAGCAAUUUCUUAAGAGCAGAACGCCUUCUGGCACUAAAGAAGAUGGCUUCAUUAGGGACUUCUGGGCAUAUGCGUUUGACUGUGCUAUGCUAGUUUCUGUUCUGGACUAUAGAAAUGGGGAUAACUGCACUGGAGAAGAGAGAUUGGAGAACCUCCCUGAACAUAUUUUGGAAAAAAACAUGACUGGCCGUAGCUACAGCAUCUACAAUGCUAUUUACGCUGUGGCACAUGCACUCCAUGCCAUGUACUCAUCCAAAUCCAAAAUUAAAACGAUGAUGGAGGAGGACAGAAAGCAGCUUCAGAAUCAGCAGCCAUGGCAGCUCCACCAUUUUCUGAGACAUGUCUCAUUUAACAACAGUGCUGGAGAUAAAAUUUCCUUUGACCAAAAUGGCAUGUUAGUGGCUGGAUUUGACGUUGAAAACUGGAUCAUAUUCCCAAACCAAUCUUUUAUUAAGGUGAAAGUCGGAAGGAUGGAUCUCCAGGCGCCCCUAGAGGAAGCGCUGACCAUUAAUAAGGAAGCUAUUGUAUGGCACAGCAGCUUUAAUCAGGUUCUCCCUGUUUCUGUGUGCAAUGACAUCUGUUAUCCUGGGCAUAGGAAGAAAAAGAAGGAGGGGAAGCCAUCUUGCUGUUACGAUUGCAUUCUGUGUCCAGAAGGGAAAAUAUCUGACAAAUAUGAUAUGGCUAACUGUUUUCAGUGCGCAGACGGCCAUUUUCCAAACAUGGAUCAGAAUUUCUGCAUUCCCAAAGUGGUAAAUUUCCUGACCUAUGAAGAGCCUUUAGGGAUUGGUUUAACCCUGCUGGCACUUUUCUUUACUUUUAUCACAGCUCUGGUGUUAGGAAUAUUUAUAACGCACCAUCACACUCCCCUGGUCAAAGCGAACAACAGGACCCUCACUUUCACUCUUCUGAUAUGCCUCCUGUUUUGCUUCCCUUGUGCAUUUUUGUUCAUUGGGCAGCCUCAGAGAGUGACAUGUUUCCUCCGACAAACAGCUUUUGGAAUUGUCUUCUCCAUGGCUGUUUCUUGUGUUUUGGCAAAAUCCCUCACUGUGGUUCUGGCAUUCAUGGCCACCAGACCAGGAAGCAGAUUGAGGAAGUUGGUGAGGAAAACAUUUACUAAUUUAAUUGUUCUUUCCUGUUCUCUUAUCCAAGCAGGGAUUUGUGCUGUGUGGCUGGCAACUUCUCCCCCAUUCCCAGAUGUUAACAUGCAUUCAGAGACCAAAGAAAUUGUACUAGAAUGUAACGAAGGGUCCGUUGCUAUGUUUUACUGUGUCUUGGGCUACAUCGGAUGCCUGGUCAUUCCCAGCUUCAUUGUAGCUUUUCUUGCCAGGAAGUUACCGGAUAGUUUUAAUGAAGCAAAAUUUAUCACUUUCAGCAUGUUGGUCUUUUGCAGUGUUUGGAUAACUUUUUUCCCAACGUAUCUGAGCAGUAAAGGGAAAAACAUAGUAGUCGUGGAGAUCUUCUCUAUCUUAGCCUCCAGUUCUGGACUGCUGGGUUGCAUCUUUGCCCCCAAAUGUUACAUUAUUCUGAUGAGGCCUGAUCUGAACAAGAAGGAACACCUAAUAAAAACACACUGA